CACAUUUAGUUGGCGGCAUCACUAGUGUUGAGCCGUUAUACAAAAAAAGUUAAUUGUUAGUAUAUAUACUGUAGUAAUUAUAACUUAAAGUUAAUUUUAAGUUACAAAAAUUAAUUAUACAAUAUAUAUAUAUAUACUAUCAAUUAGUAGGUGCUUAGGGGACAGGUGUGUAUAUAUAUCAAAUCUAUACUAUCUGUGCUGAUAAGCCGGUGCGCUAUGAAGCGGCUCAACAACACGUAUCACAUAUUUUACGCUUCGGUAAUCAUAUUUAUCGGUCAUCUACUACUAUGCGAUGUUAAAGCAGAUGUGGAUAUUGUCCGUCAAAGUCGUAUACCUGAAAGUACACAUUUGAGACACUUUUUCAGUCAAAAUCGUGAAUUGUAUUGUUCAGUGUUUGGCGAUUGGGGUUAUAUCGCCACUAUCGAGGAAUGUGAUGCUUGUAAAGGUUAUAUCGAUCCAUUGGAUCCCAAUAAUGGCAUCUAUGAAAAAAAUCAUUAUUGCUGUAUUUUCGAAAAAGAGUCGCCGACUACACUAAAAGGCACCAAACUGUCCGUUUUGAACGUAAGCUGUCCAGUAGCCUAUACUGACAGUCCGGGUUACUUGCGUGAUGCCUAUCUACAGGACGGGGGCCGGUAUGUCAUCAAUCGACACUUCGGACCCGAUGUCUGUCAAAUUUGGUUCUUUUUCUAUUCGUUCGAAACCGACUUUCCCGACGAUCGUGGCAUAUGUUCCCGGUGCCAGUUGAUCAUCAGAGGCGAUAAAAAUAAAUUUUUUACCGUACCCAUUUUAUGUGGCGAUCUAACUGGGCGAAACUUUUACGUACAUGUGGAUCAGGCUAGAAAGGGUAAUCUGGAAAUAUACAUUGAAUGCAAUCAGCCCCGACCCGGUGACAAACAUAUCAUAAACCGUCGAUGGCGUAUACUAACUGUAUCGUUGCCCUGCUGUUCCCCAUCGUUAGCACCACCCGGUUGUCUACAAUUUCAAUACCCAGAUAAGGGAUCGGUAAUGACAUUUGACGUAGUGGGCGCCCGACGCAAAUUGAAAACACUGAAAGACCUUGAAUACAGUAUCUGUUUCCCGACCGGUUACUGUGGCAUCAAAUUGAGUAUGAUGGACCCGGAUGAAAACUACUUGAUGAACAUACUGGCCGACGAUUGGCAAGCCCAUAAGGGACAGUCAGGUUUCGAUGGCGACUGUCACGGUUCGUAUGUUGGUCUACAUCACGAUCGGUACUGUUUUUUUCGUCUGAAUGAUCACACCGGUGCUACCGAUAACAAAGAUAUUGUCAAACACUGGUCGGGACCACUGAGCCUAUCGGUUACGGGAACUUACGUUAGCUUUGCAUUUAGCUACGAAAUGAUACCGUGCACUAACACAACCCAAAAGCCUGGCUGUAAUCCCGAUGACUGCGACCAUUACUGUCAGAAACGGCAUAAAACAUGGGGCGAGUGCUAUAAAGGUAAACACGAAUCAAUGGAAUCGUGUAGGUGUGGCCACCGAUGCAACAAACUAUGCGACCGGUUGUGCGACAAAAAAUUUCCGCCAAAAGGCGACUGUAAUAAAACACUCGGUUAUUGUAUUGAUGAACACAAUAUCAAGACCUGCCGGUGCUUGAAAUGUUCGGAUUCGUGCAAAGACUGUUGCAAACACUGUCAAAAUGUUACCACAACUAUAUCGCCGCCGUUGACCACUACCGAACUGACCACAUUUACAACCAGCGGGACGGUUAGUACACUAACGCCGAUAACAACAUUAAGCACAGGAACAACUUCACCGAUUACGACAGUUACACAACCAUCACAGACACCCACUGGCCAAACCCAACCACCUCUGACGCCCACUGGUGAGACCCAGCCAACCGGACCUCCAGUAACAGAGACACCCACUAUUUCGACACAAUUUACUACUGUGACAGGACUUGGACCUGGUACUGGAUCAACAUCUGUACCACAAACUACUGGAACUAAGCCAUCUCUUACACCCACAGGAGCAACAGGAACAACAGAACCACCACAAACACCUACUGGCGAAACACAACCACCUCAAACACCCACUGGUGAGACACAACCACCUCAAACACCAACGGGAGCAACUCAACCACCACAAACACCCACUGGUGAAACGCCCAUUAUUUCGACACAAUUUACUACUGUAACAGGUAUUGGACCUGGUACUGGAACAACAUCUGUACCACAAACUACUGAAACACAGCCACCUCUCACACCCACUGGUGAAACACAACCACCGCAAACACCCACUGGUGAGACACAACCACCUCAAACACCAACGGGAACAACACAACCACCACAAACACCCACUGGUGAAACACAACCACCACAAACACCCACUGGUGAGACACAACCACCUCAAACACCAACCGGAGCAACACAACCGCCACAAACACCCACAGGAGCAACACAACCACCGCAAACACCUACUGGCGAAACACAACCAACCGGACCUCCAGUAACAGAAACGCCCAUUAUUUCGACACAAUUUACUACUGUAACAGGUAUUGCACCUGGUACUGGAACAACAGCUGUACCACAAACUACUGAAACUCAGCCACCUCUGACACCCACUGGUGAAACACAACCACCGCAAACACCCACUGGUGAGACACAACCACCGCAAACACCCACUGGUGAGACACAACCACCUCAAACACCAACGGGAGCAACACAACCGCCACAAACACCCACAGGAGCAACACAACCACCGCAAACACCUACUGGCGAAACACAACCAACCGGACCUCCAGUAACAGAAACGCCCAUUAUUUCGACACAAUUUACUACUGUAACAGGUAUUGCACCUGGUACUGGAACAACAGCUGUACCACAAACUACUGAAACUCAGCCACCUCUGACACCCACUGGUGAAACACAACCACCGCAAACACCCACUGGUGAGACACAACCACCGCAAACACCCACUGGUGAGACACAACCACCUCAAACACCAACGGGAGCAACACAACCGCCACAAACACCCACAGGAGCAACACAACCACCGCAAACACCUACUGGCGAAACACAACCACCUCUGACACCCACUGGUGAGACAUUACCACCGCAAACACCCACUGGUGCGACACAACCACCGCAAACACCUACUGGCGAAACACAACCACCUCUGACACCCACUGGUGAGACAUUACCACCGCAAACACCCACUGGUGCGACACAACCACCGCAAACACCCACUGGUGCGACACAACCACCGCAAACACCCACUGGUGCGACACAACCACCGCAAACGCCAACAGGAGCAACACAAUCACCACAAACACCUACUGGUGAAACACAACCAACCGGACCUCCAGUAACAGAAACGCCCAUUAUUUCGACACAAUUUACUACUGUAACAGGUAUUGCACCUGGUACUGGAACAACAGCUGUACCACAAACUACUGAAACUCAGCCACCUCUCACACCCACUGGUGAAACACAACCACCGCAAACACCCACUGGUGAGACACAACCACCUCAAACACCAACCGGAGCAACACAACCGCCACAAACACCCACAGGAGCAACACAACCACCACAAACACCCACUGGCGAAACUCAGCCACCUCUGACACCCACUGGUGCGACACAACCACCUCAAACACCCACUGGUGAGACACAACCACCGCAAACACCUACUGGUGAGACACAACCACCUCAAACACCAACCGGAGCAACACAACCACCACAAACACCUACUGGUGAAACACAACCAACCGGACCUCCAGUAACAGAAACGCCCAUUAUUUCGACACAAUUUACUACUGUAACAGGUAUUGCACCUGGUACUGGAACAACAUCACUACCACAAACUACUGAAACUCAGCCACCUCUGACACCCACUGGUGAAACACAACCACCGCAAACACCCACUGGUGAGACACAACCACCUCAAACACCAACGGGAACAACACAACCACCGCAAACACCCACAGGAGGAACACAACCACCACAAACACCCACUGGCGAAACUCAGCCACCUCUGACACCCACUGGUGCGACACAACCACCUCAAACACCCACUGGUGAGACACAACCACCGCAAACACCUACUGGUGAGACACAACCACCUCAAACACCAACCGGAGCAACACAACCACCACAAACACCUACUGGUGAAACACAACCAACCGGACCUCCAGUAACAGAAACGCCCAUUAUUUCGACACAAUUUACUACUGUAACAGGUAUUGCACCUGGUACUGGAACAACAUCACUACCACAAACAACUGAAACUCAGCCACCUCUGACACCCACUGGUGCGACACAACCAUCUCAAACGCCAACAGAAUCAACACAACCACCAGAAACACCUACUGCUGAGACACAACCACCGCAAACGCCAACAGGAGCAACACAACCACCACAAACACCUACUGGUGAGACACAACCACCACAAACACCUACUGGUGAGACACAACCACCACAAACACCUACUGGUGCGACACAACCACCUCAAACGCCAACAGGAGCAACACAACCGCCACAAACACCUACAGGCGAAACCCAGCCAACGGGACCUCCAGUAACAGAGACACCCACUAUUCCAACACAAUUUACUACAGUAACAGGUAUUGGACCUGGUACUGGAACAACAGCUGUACCACAAACUACUGAAACUCAGCCACCUCUCACACCCACUGGUGAAACACAACCACCGCAAACACCUACUGGCGAAACACAACCACCUCUGACACCCACUGGUGAGACACUACCACCACAAACACCUACUGGUGCGACACAACCACCGCAAACGCCAACAGGAGCAACACAACCACCACAAACACCUACUGGUGAGACACAACCACCACAAACACCUACUGGUGCGACACAACCACCUCAAACGCCAACAGGAGCAACACAACCACCACAAACACCUACUGGUGAGACACAACCACCGCUAACACCUACUGGUGAAACACAACCGACUGGCCCUCCAGUUACAGAACGAUCUCAGACACCAACUAUUCCGACACAAUUCACUACCGUUACAAAUAUUGGUCCCAAUACUGGAACCACAUCGCAAACAUCGGGCACAUCUAUAACUAGUAAAACCAGUGCACCAACAGAAACGCCAUCGAUUACUACAAACACUGGACCACCGAUAUCGUCGACAUACAAAACUGGAUCACCAACUGGUACUAAACCAACAAAACCAACAAAACCAACCCACCCACCCUGCAAAGACUGUUGCAACUCUCAGUGCUCGUUGGACUGCAUACUUAACGGCUACCGAUACGGCAAAUGCAACGGCAAAGGCUGUUGUGAAUGCGCUAAACUGUGUGACAAAAAACGAAAACACUGUUCCCGUCAAUAUCCCGAACCAUACUGUGUGGGCGAUAGUGUACUCUGUAUGGACUGUCGACCUUCAGGCAUACCAGUCGAUUGUAACGUAUUUUGCGAUAUCGAAGGCUACCGGCACUCGUCCUGCGAUAAGCCUCCCGGUAAGCCAUCACCGCACAGCCCAUCGGCUACAGUAUGCCAGUGCUCUGAUUGCGAUAUACGUAAAUGCGAUUGGCACUGUAAACUGGUCAAAUUUGAGCAUGGUCGAUGCGAUCGGGGCAAAUGUAGUUGCUAUGGUCAUGGAAAGGGACGCAAAAAACGUAACUUAGCCAAUGUUGAUGGUGGCCAGGCUCAUAUCGAUAGUAGUAAUACCGGUGCCAGUGGUAGCAAAAAGUUUAAUCUAUUUGAUUUAUCCAGCUAUUGGCCAAAAUCAGGUUUCCAGGCUUAUUUCUAUUAAUAUUGAUUAUAACUA